AAAAAAGAGAUAGAUAGAUGAGUUGGCGAUUAGAAAUGGCGUCUCUGUGAGUUGUCCUUUUCGCACGUUAUAUUCUCAUUUUAUUACAAUCAAAACAAAUUAAAUUGUUUACAAAACUUAUAAAAUGCUAACAUUUGUUAACUGAAUGUUAAGACUGAAUUAGAAGUAAUAAAUUAAACAAUGUCUCAUACUGGGCGAGGCGUUGCGAUAUAUGUGAUUUCUUUAGAAUUUUGUAUCAAUACCUCGUCCAGGUAUGUUAUGUGCGCGUUUUAGUGCAAGUGCUAAUAUAUAUUAGUGAAAAUGGACAAAAAGAAUAAAAAGAAAACUGUGAUCAAAAGGAAAAGCGAUGAUCCCGGCGACGGCGAGAAGAAACAUAAGAUUAUGGUAAACCGCGGGAAAAAUGAUAGUGAAAAGGAAAAAGUGGAAGUUGAGGUGAAUCAAGUGGUUGAGGUGCCAGUGGAACAGGGCCAGCAGAUAGUGCAUACUGGGCAGUUGGUUGAGGGCAACUUUGAACAGCCAGUAUUUUUGAACAUGAAGGGAGAGCCUGUACAGUUAGCUCCGAAUACUGUCAUCCUGUAUGAGCAGAGUUCUAAUCCAUCUAAUUUCGCUUUCGGCGGAAUGUGGACGAUGGACUCCUCAGGGAGAAUCGUGAUGGCGGAGACGAUAUAUGACGUUAAGGGUGAGCCUGAAGAAGAAGGCGGUACCUUCGUCCAGAACGCGUCGGAGGUAAACAAUCAAGCUGUUGAAGAGACCAGCAAUACCUACCAGCAGUACGAGCUGAGCGGCAGCACUCAAGUGGACGGUCAGGAGUAUGAGGUAGCCAUCAUAGAGAAUCCAGGGGAACCGGCCGAGAGGUCCGAGUCCCAGGUGAUCACCACGGAGGCGCAGCUGGUCGCAGCUGGUGCUGGCGCCGUUCGUUGGCUUAACCAGAAGUACGAUUUUGUUGUUAGGAAGCUCCAGCUGAAUUAUGAUGCGGGGGUGAAGUUGCUUCACUCGCAAUCCGGUUGCAUACAAUGCGUAUAUCUGACGACUCCCAGUAUGCAGUUGGCUUUCAACGCUGUGCCACAGUUUCUGUGCAUAGAGACGGGUAUUGAGUUCACCAGUGUUAUACCCACAACAGGAGGCAGCAGUCCCAGCAUUAAACACAAUGUGACCUUGUUCCUCGCUGAAGACGGGAACGGGAAGUCUGUUAUAGUUAGUGCAGGUAUAUCAACAUUAAUAGGCGAGGAUCUCACUUGGUUGUUGGAGACGUUCAAGUCCUGUAACCCCGCCUGGCGCCAGGUCCGCUGUGUCGUGUGCGAUCCCACCAAAUAUCAUGAGGAGGUGCAAGCGGCGUUUUCUUCAGCCCACGUGUCAAGUUCCGUGUGGCAGGCGGCGAGAGCUGCGGGGCGUUUGGCUGCCGAGUCUGUGGGGGAAGAAGGUGACGCGCCGCUCGCUGUACUGUCCGCUGAGGACGUAGCCGCCAGGUGUAAGACCUACGCCCUGGCACUCCUCAGGGGUGACCACACACCAGCACAGCUACAGGUGUUGAAGCGAGGUAUAAUCGGUACGGGUGCGGGGACCCUCCGCGUCUGGGAGCUCCUCACCCUGCCGGGGGGCGCAGUCUCCAGAUUAGACAGCUGGCUUGAGGCUGACAAUUACACAAAUAUAUUACAUAAGGGAUUGGAGCGCCUCUGUUCCAAGUUCCAGUCGCUCAUCCGGAGUCAGAUGCAGCCGGACGAGUUCGUGUCACUGUUCUUCAGCGUCGCCAACACCUUGGAAGACGAGAGGAGGGAUUUUGCCAUCACCAGGCUCAGGGACACGGAGUCGUCGAAACAGUCCCCUACGGACACCAUUACACAGUACGCCUACAAUCUGAUGUCACACCAGACCAAGCUGGCGCAGAGGAGUCUUGAUGACAGGAUCAGCAGACGUCAAAGCAGUGCUGCCAUCUGUAAGUACGGGACGUCAACGCAGGAAUGCUCAUGUCUGUUCAGCAAGGUGUUCCGUCUACCCUGCAGGCAUAUAUUGAUGUUGACAACCGAGCUAAAGGUGAAGACUCACAUACCGUUCGAGCCGCGCUGGACGGUGCAGCAUUGCCUGUUUGGAUGUGAAACGUCCACAGCUAGUAGUAAUGCGAGUGGCGGGGCUUUCAUGGAACAAGUGGUCGUUGAGACGGACUCACACAGACAGAUCCAACAACCACAGCAGAUACACCAGGUGGGUGGAGUCAGGCAGCAGCAGUAUGUGCUGGCAACUCCAGGACAAGCGGCAACACCGGUCUCACAGGUGAUAUUCUGCGGCGGGUCAGUCGGCGGCGUGGGCGCCGUGGGCGGUGUGGGCGGCGUGGGCGGCGCUCCAGUACUGACGUCCGUUUUACCACCUGGCGGGGCCGUGCUCACGCCGCAUCAUGCGUUACACCACUGAACACACACAAACACACAGACGCAGGCACAUAUGUACAGAGACACACACACAAGGAAACGUGCAGCUUAGCACCAAUUGUGUGUUUAAACAUGUAUAUUAGAUAAAUUUUGAUAUUAUAUCUGUAUGAGCAUAAAAUAAACACACACACACACACACACACACAUAAACAAUGUUUAUAGUUGAAAGAUUCUAUUAGAAAAUAGUUUUUAAUAUCUAUGAAUCCACACACACACACACACAUGCAAAAUCCUUGUCACAGACAAUUGUACAAAAGAAGCGAAGAGGCUUUGGACGGUGUAAAGCGAAAUUGAAUCUUAUUAGCUACUGAAUAAGGUUCAUCAUAAAUAAAAGGUCCCCCGACCUUAACUCUCUAUCAUACAGUUAGCGGGACUGUGUGAUGUGUAUAAAUGUAGCAAUAAUUUAGUUAGUUUUUUUUAUUUCCAUAUAUUUUGGUUAAUUUUGUAAAUAUUUAUAAUUAACACUUUAAUUUUUCUGUUUCAUUUUAAGAAUUUUCCGUCUCCUCUCAAACUGUCUGUAUCGAUAAAUGUUUAGAAGGUAAUAGCUAAUACAGUGCUAUCCAGCAACCGAUUGGACGACAAAUCCGUCGACCGGUCUGCCAACCGAUCAGCCGACGGUAUAUACUAUAUAUACACAAAGUUAAUUAAUAGUUAUUUAUCAGUCGAAUCCACAAAACUAUCCAACAAAACUUUAAAUUUAUACCCACUAUCAUGACUAACAACUGAUCGGACGACUAAUAUACAAACCUACCGACCAACUGAUCUACAAACUUUUCGAGCGACCAGUCGACCAAUUAAUCCACCAACUUAUCGAGCGACCGGUCCACCAACUGAUCUACCAACUUAUCGAGCGACCAGUCGAACAACUAAUCAACCAACUGAUCAACCAACUUAUCGAGCGGCCGGUCGACCAACUAAUCUACCAACCGCUCGACCAACUUAUCGAGCGACCGGUCCACCAACUGAUCUACCAACUUAUCGAGCGACCAGUCCACCAACUGAUCUACCAACUUAUCGAGCGACCAGUCCACCAACUUAUCGAGCGACCAGUCCACCAACUUAUCGAGCGACCGGUCCACCAACUGAUCUACCAACUUAUCGAGCGACCAGUCGAACAACUAAUCAACCAACUGAUCAACCAACUUAUCGAGCGGCCGGUCGACCAACUAAUCUACCAACCGCUCGACCAACAAAUUCCGACAGUCCACCAACCAAUUAUCUUGUAUGUUUUAAACAAUUCUCAUUAUUUUCAUCAUUAGACAAAUGAGUACUAGCAAAUAUAAGUCAAUGUGUAAAUAUUAAAUGCAAUUGUUAAAAUAUAACCCGGAAGUUAAAUUUGACCGGAAGUUAAUAUUAACUAAAUAAUAAUAGGUGUAACUUAUUACUAGACUACAUAGGAUAUGGGUUUUAUAAAUAUUGUAUGAGAAUAAAGACGACGAAAGAUC